UUUGAAAAGGUUCAAGGUCGCUAACGAAGGCAGUACACAAUAUAGUUUUGACAUAAGAACUAUAAGAAGUUAUUUAAAGUUUUACACGUAGUGAUGUACUUCGCUGACCCUGGCUAGUGGAUAUAAUUAAGAGGAAUUUAUUUGUUUAAUUAUGAGGAUUACAAAAUAUUCAAAAUGAAUUGGAUGUGUCAUAAAUUUGUGAUUUCUACUUCUGUGAUAUUUUUAUUUUUGUACGAAUUUUCGGAGGAAUUAUCUGGGGAUAGUCAAAAAGAGUUCAACCAAAGAUUUCCAGACAAACCCUUUCCGAACCACAACUUAAUAUAUGAAAGGAAUGUGACUUGUGGUGAACACAGUAGUGGAAGCUUUCCAAGUCUGACAUGGACAUGUGCGGAUGUAAAAGUGAAUAAUUUGCGCAUGGCCUAUGGGUUAUAUGAAGGCAUAGACACAAAAUGUACAGAAACUAAAGGUUUUGAUGAGUUAGCAGAAUUAUGUAGACAAAUGAUGAGAUCUAUAGAAGUCAAAAGAACUCUAUGGGCAGCUAUUGUUAGUAAUGCAUCAUGUGACUUUCACAAUGAAAAUCGUGUUUUACUGAAUCGUACACGGGAGAAUUUCGUGUGGCACGACAUGCCAUCAGGGUUCGGCUGGAUACAUACAAUACAGUGCAUGGCUAUGCGAACGUAACAAAUGUUACAUACAUACAUUCUUGCAGUACAAUCCUGAUUGUGAUUAAUCAGAAAAGUGAUUGCCUUAUUUCAUGAUUGGAUUAUUACAUUAGAUUUAACCAUGACUGUUUUAUUUUUCAUUGCGUAGCAUUCCAUAUGGAUAGAAUUCAGUGUGGAAAACACUAUGAAGACAAUCAACCAGGAAAAGAUAAUUAUUCAAGCAAUCAAUAAUAUACAGUGCUUUAAAUGAUUUGGUUAUGAUAACAUUAUGUGACAACCCAAUAGAGAAUAGCAUUGAAUUUUAUGGAUAAGGGGACAUUUAAACACUGAAAAAAGUUUAGUGCAACCAGGUCAGUCUGAACUGGCCUUUAAGUUACAUUGGUUAUAAUUGUUUCCAUUUUGUAUGUUAUUAAUCAGUUUUAAAUCGGUAGAGUUAUUCCUCCUUUUAGUCAAUCCUUAGCUUUUUAGACCAAGAAAUUAAUGCAACGUUUUUAUUGAUGACUAUAACGUGACUAAGUGCAUACUUUCACAAUCGUUUUUAUCAAUUACCACAUUGCAUUGAAGUUUUAAUUUUUUGCAUCAGUAAAGUUAGGCAACAUUCAUUAUCAAUUCUAUUGAAAUGGCAUAAAUAAUUUAAUGUUUUCAUUGAUGAUACAAAAUUAUAAUCUGCUCAUAUAUAUAUUUUUAGCUGAGAAAGAAAAAUAAAAGGACCUACAAAAAUAAAAUAUCAUGAAUAUGAAACAGACUAUAAAAGUCAUUCAAGAAAAAUGUGUAACUGAUAGUUAUCACAGUCUUAAAUUGUUUUUUAACCUUUGAAGUCAGAUGUAAGGGGAAAUAACUCAUUUCACAACAAAUUUAAGGAUGGGCGAUUUUUUCUUUUUCAAUCAAAAUUAUAUAGUAUCAGUGAAUAAUAUUUUACAGUUCAUUUGGUGAAUUUGAUAAUC